AUGGUCCAGCCGCCCUGCAAGAAAUGCAAAAAGGCUGGGUUAGAAUGUUUCGAGCAAAGGCCUCUUCGAUGGGCCGAGGGCGCAACCUAUCGAGGAAAAACGAGAACGUCGUCGGCCAAGAAGGAUGUUCCUUCUUCGGCAGCAGGGGCCAACCCCCGAACCACGCGGACAGGAGGCCAAACGCUUUCUAAGUCUAGAAACCUGUCACUCAUUGCUGGUGCUGAUCUCAAAGAUAGCAAAUGUGUAUGCAAGCUGUUCAUCAUGUAUGACAGCAACAGGAAUCCUCUCAGGAAUCUAAUACCUGCUGCUCUGGCCCAUCCUGUUUUGUUGAUGUCCAUUCUUGCUCUUUCGGCGCGGCACAAGGCAAAUGCAGCUCGACCGUUCUACCAGUCUGAAUCAGCAAGACCUUCCGGGCUUGGAUCGCAGGAUGACAGCUACAACGCCCUUUACUUCAAAUGUAAUGCGAUACAGAGACUCGCAAGGGCGUUAGGAGCUGCCAGGCCAUACCACAAAGAUAUAAUAGCUGCCAGCGCGUUCCUCCUGAUCUUUCUCGAUCUCCUGGAGUCAGGAAGCGACAAGUGGAACUUUCAUCUGGAAGGCAUCAAGAGCUUAAUCGCCCAGAUUCCAUCACCCCAGGCGCCGCGCACGAUCGCUUCGCACGAUCUGGGAACCACCAUCCAAGGGCUACGUGACUUCAUUCUCAGACAGAUUUACUUGUACGAAGUAAGGAUGAUGCUCGAUUCUACGCAGAGCUUUGACUGCCACACCUGGGCCUCAAGCUUACUCCAGCCUCAUUCAUCCGCCGAGUCCCUUGGAAUGCUCGAAAAGGUGGCACAGUCGUAUAAGUUGGGCGCUCUGAUAUAUGGCAAACGCGUCUUUGAUGCUCUGACUGGAGACACGAGUCCGCACCACGACCUCGCUUGUGACUUGAUCCGUGUAAUUGACGCCCUAAGGAGCAGUGAUUCCCUGUUCAAGUGCAUCCUGUGGCCGUUGUUUGUUGCGGGAUUGGAAUCCCAACAAGAAGCGCACAGACACUUCGUGGCUACUUGUCUGGAAAAGUUUUGGUUUGAGACCAAAUGCUUAAAUGCGGUUAAUGCGGGGAUGAUUCUGCGAAGGUUCUGGAAGCGAGACGAUUCCGGAAACAUAUCCUCAACCCAGUGGAUAUUCAAUAUCGGUCAAGUAGAAGGUGACUGGCUCCUUAUAUAG